GUCAUCAGCCAUACAAUUGUUUCGACACUCAAUACCUCAACAGUUAUCAGGAGGCGUUUAGUUAUGAUGUGCCUUCUAAUCGAUUUAUAACCGGAAUCAGCAGUCAUUAUAGCGGGCAGUAUGGUGACCGUACAUUUUCAUUUCAAAUUUGCCAACUUGCUUAAGGACACCAAUGCGAUUGCACGGAUGGUAGCCUACAGUUUGUCAACUUACGGAAACUGACCAACAGAACUGGUUGAAAUAUAGCAAACCCAGCGUCAAAUGUCCAUGCCUCAUUCAUAAUAAACCCUUGAGCAGAU